AUGAGCUUCGGCUCGGAGCACUACCUGGGCGCCGCCUCCUACCGCAAGGUGUUCGGAGACGGCGCGCGCCUGUCCUCGCGCCUCUCCGGGGCCGGCGGCGCGGGUAGCUUCCGCUCGCAGUCGCUGUCCCGCUGCAAUGUGGCCUCCUCGGCUGCCUGCUCCUCGGCUUCGUCGCUCGGCCUGGGCCUGGCCUACCGCCGGUCUCCGGCGUCCGACGGGCUGGACCUGAGUCAGGCGGCGGCGCGCACCAACGAGUACAAGAUCAUCCGCACUAACGAGAAGGAGCAGCUUCAGGGCCUCAACGACCGCUUUGCCAUGUUCAUCGAGAAGGUGCACCAGCUGGAGACGCAGAACCGCGCGCUCGAGGCCGAGCUGGCCGCGCUGCGGCAGCGCCACGCCGAGCCGUCGCGCCUCGGCGAGCUCUUCCAGCGCGAGCUGCGCGAGCUGCGCGCGCAGCUGGAGGAGGCGAGCUCGGCGCGCUCGCAGGCCCUGCUGGAGCGCGACGGGCUGGCUGAGGAGGUGCAGCGGCUACGGGCGCGCUGCGAGGAGGAGAGCCGGGGCCGCGAAGGGGCCGAGCGCGCCCUGAAGGCGCAGCAGCGCGACGUGGACGGCGCCACGCUGGCCCGCCUGGAUCUGGAGAAGAAGGUGGAGUCGCUGCUGGAUGAGCUGGCCUUCGUGCGCCAGGUGCACGACGAGGAGGUGGCCGAGCUACUGGCCACGCUGCAGGCGUCGUCGCAGGCCGCGGCCGAGGUGGACGUGGCUGUGGCUAAACCAGACCUGAGUUCGGCGCUGAGGGAAAUCCGCGCCCAGUAUGAGUCCCUGGCCGCCAAGAACCUGCAGUCAGCUGAGGAGUGGUACAAGUCCAAGUUUGCCAACCUGAAUGAGCAGGCGGCGCGCAGCACCGAGGCCAUUCGGGCCAGCCGCGAGGAGAUUCACGAGUACCGGCGCCAGCUGCAGGCACGCACCAUCGAGAUCGAGGGGCUGCGCGGGGCCAACGAGUCCUUGGAGAGGCAGAUCCUGGAGCUGGAGGAGCGGCACAGUGCCGAGGUGGCCAGCUACCAGGAUAAUAUUGGGCAGCUGGAGAAUGAUCUGAGGAACACCAAGAGUGAGAUGGCCCGCCACCUUCGGGAAUACCAGGACUUGCUCAAUGUCAAAAUGGCUCUUGACAUUGAGAUAGCAGCUUACAGGAAACUGCUGGAAGGCGAAGAGACACGUUUUAGCACCAGUGGAUUAAGCAUUUCAGGCCUGAAUCCACUUCCCAAUCCAAGUUAUCUGCUCCCUCCUAGAAUCCUCAGUUCUACCACCUCCAAAGUCUCAUCCACUGGGCUGUCUCUUAAGAAAGAGGAGGAGGAAGAGGAGGCUUCUAAGGUAGCCGUGAAGAAAACCUCCCAGUUAGGGGAAAGUUUUGAAGAAAUAUUGGAGGAGACAGUGAUAUCUGCUAAGAAAACCGAGAAAUCAAAUAUAGAAGAAAACACCAUUUCAAGCCAAAAAAUAUAA